AUGCAUAAUCUUGCCUUCCUGAUUAAGAUAUUGAACAGAAUCAACAAAUCCUAUAUUUGCAAAUCUUUUUCCGUUCCAAAGAGUAUUCAAGAUCGAGAUCUCUUAGUUUUCCGCUUCUUGGAAAAUUUUAUUAAGAUGCUUGUUUGUUCCUAUUGUAAAGAUUGUGAUUUCGGAUUCUGCAAGGUGUUUUCCGGAGAUUCUUCUUAUUGCAUCGAAUGCAUUUGA